AUGCCCUUCUCCGAUCGAAAAUACAGGCGGAGCCAGAAGGCGGCCCCACUCCUCCCUAAGGAACAUAGCGGCGGCGGCGGCGGCGGCGGCGAGUUCGGGGGGGCAUCCUUCGCUGGCGCAGUGUUCAAUCUAUCCACCACCAUCGUCGGUGCCGGAAUAAUGGCCCUACCUGCGACCCUCAAGCAGCUUGGGGUGAUUCCGGGGCUCAUCACGAUCAUUUUGGGCGGGAUGCUGACGGAGAAAUCAAUAGAGAUGAUUCUCCGCUUCAGUAAGGCCGCAAAGACCAGUUCCUACUCCGGUUUGGCGGCGGACGCGUUCUCCGGCGCCGGCCGGAACCUUCUGCAGCUGGGUAUCGUGAUAAAUAACGUCGGCAUGCUUGUUGUUUACAUGAUUAUUAUAGGUGAUGUGCUGUCCGAAACAUGGUCACAAGGGGUGCACCACACUGGUGUGAUGGAAGAAUGGUUUGGUCUUCACUGGUGGACCACACGAUCUUCCAUAUUGCUCCUCACGACCGUCUUUGUUUUUGCGCCUUUGAUUUCGUUCAAGCGUGUUGGUGAGAAAAAUUCAUCAAACCCCCUUUUCUUGAGCUUGUGA